AUGGGAUGCAUCAAGGACGUGCCAACCCUCAGAGGUGACAACUACACUGAGUGGAGAAAGAAAGUUGACCUGGCUUUUGUCUGUGCUGAGGUGGACUGGGCGGUUGACACUCCACAGCCCCCAAAGCCGACAGAGCCAGUCAGAGAAGAUAAAGACGAUGAUGCUGCUUGGGAAAAAAAGAAGAGGGAGUAUGCUCCGUUGGAGAUGUCAUACACCCUGGAGAACAAAAAGUGGGUCACCGCCAACAAAAAGUGCAUGGCUUUCAUAAAGAACACAAUUGAGCACGCUAUUGUGGACUCAAUUGCAGAGUGUGCUUCCGUAGGGAAGUAUCUUGAAAAGAUAAAGAGCCAGUUCACUGGCUCUUCAAAGAUAUAUGCUAUCCAGCUGCUAAAGCAACUGGUGACAAAAAAGUACACAGGAGGAGGACGUGGCAUAAGAGAGCAUAUCCUCAGGAUGAGCAACAUGGCAGCCAAGCUGAAACCCAUGGAUGCUGAUCUAGAGCUCAAGCCUGCACUGCUUGUCCAUCUGGUUAUGGCUUCACUGCAAAAAGAGUUUGACACCUUUGUUGUCAACUACAACAUGCAGCCAGAGCGGUGGGAUAUUGAAAAGAUAGCCAUGUGUGUGCAAGGAGAGGACAUAAUUAAAUUCUCAUAUGGUGGUUUCCUGAACUAUGUGAAGGAUAACAAGAAAAAGAACUUCAAUCAAGGCAAUCAAAGUUCCUCUUCAAAGCCACAUGGUAAAGCUCCCAUGUAA